AUGCGUGGUGGUCAUCGUGGAGCCUUUCGGAGCCCAACUUCUAAAAGGCUUCAUAGAUCUUUUUCUCCUCCUCGACCCAAAACUCCUCGUCGGGUUCGAGCAAGGACACCAUCACCCCAAAGAACUCCUUUUUCUGACCUAACCCCUCCUCGAGAAAGAAUGGCCGGAAACGGUGAAGGCGAAAUGCCACCGCUUGUGCCCGAAAGGACCAUGAGUGACUACAUGAAUCCGGCCCGUUCUACUCCGUGGCCCACUAUAGUCCUUCCGACCGCAACCGAGGUGAAUACUUUCACCGUGAAAAUGCAUCACAUUAACAUGAUGCCAUCUUUUUAUGGCAAAGACAAAGAAUGCCCGUACACUCAUAUGAGGGCAUUCGAGGAAUUGGUGUCCACAAUAGUGUCCACGCCCGCUCAACUUGAGUCCGCAAAGCUAAAACUCUUCCCAUUUUCAGUAAAAGACAAAGCCAAGAUUUGGUUGAAUAACAUGAGACCCCAAUCCUUGGCAAAUUGGGCGGAUUUAUCAAAGGCUUUCUACAUGAAAUUUUUUCCCCCUCAUCUCACAAAGGAACUCAUGCAUCAAAUCCAAACGUUUAAACAAAAAGAGGGCGAAUCAUUUUAUCAAUAUUGGGAGAGGUACAAGGAUUUGCUAAACUCCAUCCCACAUCAUGGCCUUCCGACUUUUCAAAAGGUCGAGUACUUGUUAAAGGGAUGUUUUCAAAGUACUCGACACCUUAUGGAUAGCACGUGUGCUGGUGGAGUUAUGGCAAAAACCCCUGAAGCGGCGUGGGACUAUUUUGAGGAAUUAGCGGAAAAAACUCAAAAUUGGGAUUGCUCAGACCCCUCUGAAAAGAAUGUGUUUAAUCCGGCCCCGAGCAAUCCCCGUAAAUUUCAAUUGAAUGAACAAAAUGAGCUAGCCCACAAGGUCGCCCAGCUUUCCCGCCAAAUUGAAACUUUACAACUUAAUAAAGUUGCUGGGGUGGCCUCUGUGGCCAAGGCGGAAGACAGUUGUGUUUUAUGUGAAGUUGCAGGUCAUGCUACGAGGGAUUGUCAAAUGCUCCCAGCCAUCAAGGAUAUUCUUCAGGGAACCGGCCCAUCGGAGGUCAACGCCGUUAAUCAACGGUGGAGCGAUUCUCAACCUCCCGGACCGCCACAAGUUCCACCGCCUCAACAACACCAAACUUUCCGGCCUUCUCAAUCUCAAGGAGUGCCGAGGUUUUCUCAACAUCAACAACCACCGGGGUUUGCACCGCCGGGACCUCCGCAAGGGUCAAAUCAAUUCCAACAUCAGAAGCGGUCCUUGGAGGAGAUUAUGUCAUCUUUCAUGCAAAGCCAAACAUCCCUCAACGAGCAAACCACUCAAACACUCGGGGAAAUCAAGAAUCAAAUGGUGAAGUUGACUAAUACGGUGGGAAUUCUCCAGCAAGAAAAGGGGAAGCUUCCGACUCAACCCCAAGCAAAUCCCAACGGAACUCAUUUUCUGGGGAGCUCUUCAGUGCCUAGUCCCGAGCAAGCCAAGUCUAUUAUAACACUGCGGAGUGGCAAGGAAAUUGAUACGGCCGUUGUCCCCAAGCCUAGCAAGCCACGGGUUACGCCAAUUGUUGUGCAAGCGCCGGAUGUUCUUAUUGACUCACCAACCUCGGAGCCCUCUCCCGUUGGUGAGCAAUCGGCAAAAUCUCAGGAAGAAGAACCCAAGGCUCCCGUUCCUCAAAUUCCGGCCCCGUUUCCCCAACGUUUGAAAGCCCCGGCCCAUGCCAACAACAACUCUGAGAUCUAUGAGCUUUUCAAGCAAGUGAGGAUCAACAUUCUAUUGGUGGAUGCAGUCAAGCAAAUCCCUACCUAUGCCAAAUUUCUCAAGGACUUAUGCACUCAGAAGCGUAAGUUAAAUGUUCACAAAAGGGUGUUGUUGACAGAGCAAGUGAGUUCUAUUAUUCAAACCAACGUGGUUCCAAAGUAUAAAGAUCUGAGGUGUCCCACUAUUUCCAUCACAAUCGGAGGCACAAAGAUCGAGAAAGCUCUCCUUGAUUUGGGGGCUAGUGUGAACUUGCUCCCGUAUGCCGUUUAUGAGCAACUUGGAUUGGGGGAGAUGAGGCCAACAUCAGUGACCCUUCAAUUGGCCGAUAGAAGCAUUCGUGUCCCACGCAGGAUGGUGGAGGAUGUACUCGUGCAAGUGGAUAACUUUAUCUAG